UAUGUAUAUAUAUCUUCCGCCAAUCACAAAACACUCGUUACAGUCUACAUUCCCUCCAUGAUCCAUUCCUGCGGCAAACACCAUAACUCAACUGCAAACAUAGAGAAACGUACAAGAGAAUUCCAAAUUCCUGGUGGUGGGUUUUCCACCCUUUCACUCAAUGGUGGGCGUGGCUGCACAGGGUCUCAAAGCAACGCCAUUUUUCCCAUUUGAAAAGAUUUCUGCUUCCAGUUUUUCAGCCUCCAAGAACCCCAUUUCAGAUUCCAGAGGAUUUUCUUCCAAACAGAAUUCUUUUGUCAGAGGUCAAUUCCAUACCAAAUACUUUCUUCGGUUCUUCUCCAAUCGUGCUCCACAAAAUCAAGCGGGGUGUGUGGUUUCACCAAGCUGUGUCCUUCCAUUAACUGAAGAAAAUGUAGAGAAGGUUUUGGACCAAGUACGGCCUGGCUUGAUGGCUGAUGGAGGGAAUGUUGUUUUACAUGAGAUAGAUGGCCUUGUUGUGGUACUAAAGCUUCAAGGUGCUUGUGGGUCAUGUCCAAGCUCAACUAUGACACUAAAGAUGGGAAUUGAAACCCGGCUUCGAGAUAAAAUACCAGAAAUUAUGGCUGUGGAGCAGAUCCUGGACACGGAGACUGGACUUGAGCUUAAUGAGGAGAACGUUGAAAAGGUUCUUGCUGAGAUUAGGCCAUACCUAGCGGGUACAGGAGGUGGAAUUCUUGAGCUUGUUCAGAUCAAUGACUAUGUUGUCAAAGUUCGGCUAAGUGGACCUGCAGCUGGAGUUAUGACAGUUCGUGUCGCUCUAACACAAAAAUUGAGGGAAAAGAUACCUGCCAUUGCGGCUGUGCAGCUGAUAGAAUGAAAUGUACACUGAAAAAACAUUGUCCAUUAAAUCUGGAGUUUUCCAUUUCCUAGUUUUUAAGAUCAAAAUUGGUCAACUGGGAAAUAUGGAGUUUCCUUGUAAUAUCUGAUCAAUAUAUGCCUUCCAUGUACUUCAGGAGAUAAGAAAAUGAGAUAGGUGGUAUGAAUUAUUACUU